AGCCACGCAGCGGCCCGCGAUUGGCCGCUGCGUGAUAAGAUCGCGCGACGUUUAAAUCCACUCGAGAAACACACUUGCAUUUUAAAUAUUCAAAACAAAGUGGCAAAUUCACAAACACAAAAUAUUAAAAUGAAUUUGUUGCGAUAUGUGUAUAAUCUUGAAGAUUUGUCAUUAAUGAGGAAAACAAAAGGGAAAUAGGAAGGUGUGAGAGAGAAUCAUUUAUUCUAUCGAGGGACAAACCCCUCCGUUGUUUUGAACACAAAAGUCUGUAAUAGUAACGUACUUAUACACACACAUUUCACGUAUCCUUCUGUGCCACGGCGUGUCACUUUAUUCCUCCCUCUCUCCUUCCUCCACAUUAAUGUAGUUAAAUAGCUCCAAUCUGGGAGAGAUGCUCCCACAGAUCCACCCUAGUCCUUAUCGUGAUGGAAAAUACCAUUUGCGUUCUAGUGCUACGUGGCAGAUCUAAACGUCAAGAUUGAGUGUGCGAUUGCAGUUUUCUAAAUGAAAGAAAUCUAUAAUAACUGUAUAUAAAGUGAAGCAAUUUCAUCAUUCUCCUAGCGUGGACAAAUUGCUUGUAGAACACCUGUGUAUUUUGUUUAUUAAGAGGAGGAAUCAUGAGUCAAGAUAAAAAUCAUGUCGAAUUGAGUGAAGUAAGUGACAAGUUUACAGAGGAAAUAUUGAGGGAUAUCUUAUGUAAGGAGAACAAUGGAGAGGUCCAGCUCACAGGCUGGAGUUUUCGCGGUGGAUUCACCAAAGGUGACAGUUACUUGUCGACCGUUAACAAAGGCACAAUAUACGGUAUCGUGGACGGUGAUCCGAAGAAGAAUGUGAAGGUGGAUUUUGUCGUCAAGUCCAUUCCAAAGAACGUUGGCAGAAGAAACACCUUCAGAAGCGCGGAAUUCUUCCGUAAUGAAAUCGUGUUUUACACGCAGGUGGUUCCCAAACUUAAAAAGUUCUUGGCAGAGAGAGGACAAAGCGAUUUGCUGCGCAUACCACGUCACCUGAUUUCUUACAUGGAUGGCGAGAACGAUUUCAUCGUCUUGGAAGAUGUCUCUCCGUUGGGAUACGGACCUCCAUCUCGCCAGAACUGUAUAAACUUUGCGGAGUGUUCUACGAUUCUGAAAACACUGGCGAAAUUCCAUUCGAUCUCAUUUGCGUAUAGAGAUCAGAAGAAAGAGGAGUACGAACAGAUUAUAAAUUGUUUGAAAGAAACUUAUUAUUCCCCCAGUCACUGGAGUUGGUACGAGAAAUUCUACACAAAUCUAGUCAGUAUUGCUAGAAACGCGAUAGCGACCGAAUAUCCUAACAGCGAAGCUGACAAACGAUUCAAUACCUACGAACCUCGUGCAAUAUUCGAUAUAGUGUCUAAAAUGUGUCUGAAUAAAGAAGCUCCCACGUCUGUGAUAUCGGCAGGUGAUUGUUGGGCUCCGAACUUUUUGGUCCGAGACGUCGGACAGGGUCAAAAGGAAGCGUUGAUGCUCGACUUUCAGCUCGCGCGUUGUUCAAGUCCUGUGUGUGACCUGUCCUUCUUGAUUUACUCCUGCACCUUGAAACCAUUUCGUGAUCAGUAUUUCGAUGAUGUAUUGAAGGUUUAUUACACUGAAUUGAGCAGCGCCAUCAAAUCCCUUGGAUCGGAUCCGGAAAAAGUUUAUUCAUGGGAUUUGUUUAAGAAAGAAGUGAAGGAUCAUUUUGUCUUCGGAAUGGCAUUCUCGCUCGAGGCUCUUCCGUUCUGUCUGCUGGAUCCGUCCGAGUCGUUCGAUCUAGAUCUUAUUAAAGGCGAAGAAGCGGUAAAUAUUGCUGACGUGUGGGUAUUACACAAUAUCAAAACAUCAAGUGGAAGACAGAGAGUGGCUGAUGUAAUAGUUCAUGCUGUCGAAAAUGGAUUUAUAUGACGAUAUAUAUGACGAUUUAAUUAGUUAUGAUUAAUUUUUAAACAAUGUAUAAAAAAUUAUACAUAUGUAUAUAAAAGUUUAAAUCUGCUUAGUGGUCUUGAGCCAAA